AUGUGGCGACUGACGACUGUUGACAACCCUCUUAGCGCAAAGCUGUGGUUCAGCGACGGUCUUCCUAUUACCAACACCAUUCGUGGUGGGCAGGGCGAAUCCUCCCGACUCAUCGUUGAGGGGCAGGGCUUUGUUGACUUCAGCGAGUUCAUUCUCCAAUCGUACGUGUUCCUCGACGUAAAUGGGUUGUUCAUCUGCAGUCAAGACACACUCGGCGCAGACACCUUCGACAUACGCGACAAGCGGAGCCCGUGGAUCGAUAUCGCUCUUAGUCUUCCUGGCCAAGGCAGGUUCACCAUCACCGUUGUGCAAACCGACACCGGCAUCCACCUGAAUGUCACUAGCCUAACCGGCAUACUGAAGCCGCUCCCUACAGUCUCGGCAUACGAUGCAAACUUCCUCACCGAAAUGAUCGCCCAGAAGUACGUGCCGUACCAGAAUAUCCCCGAUGCCCCCGGAAAGACAGAGGAAGAGAUCAGAGAGCUUGGCACACGGCUCUUCCCCUUCACUCCAUACAGCUUCGAGCUCGCGAUGUCCGUGUACGACUGGACGACGGCGUCUUUCGCGCGGAUAGUGUUCAUGAAGAUAUUUCAGUACACUGCCAUUCCAGAGACGCCUCUCCCGCUCGAUGGGCCGAGUAUUGCCGACUCCAUCUGGGAGUCAAACUGGGGCAGCUACAUCCCGCAGAGCCCAGACUACAUGAACUCGUUCAUGAUGAAGCCAGCAUCUACGCUAGCGGAUGUGAAGGCCCAGCUCGAGAGCGUCACGCCUAAGCUGCACGAGUUCAGCAACGUCCAAAACCGCUUGCUGGCGGCUGCGAUGCAGGCACUUCCGCGCACGUCCUUGAUCGCGAAGCCGCGGCUCUUCAGCGGCCAGGUCGACAUCUCCCAGCUCGGGAUGGAGCGUUUUGGCAUUGAGUUCCUGGAGUGUCCGCUGAACAAGGGGCCCGUGACGGAGUCGCUCGUGUUCGCUUUUGCGGACGCAAUGGGGACGUACAUCUCGCAGGGCCACGUCAUCACGACGAAGAUGGUGUGGAGUUUCACCGACUCACUGCAGGACGCGAUGCACUAUGAGAACGGUAUCCUGCUGGUUGCAGACAUCCCGGACGACAGUUCGUGGGUGUGGGAGACUGCCGCGCACAUCACUCCACUGUCCGAUGACUCUGCCAAGACCGAAUACACCUUCGCCCCAGGGUCGCAGUUCAAGGUGCUGUCAACGGAGCAGGUAGUGAUCAGCGAGAAGCAGAUGGUGGUCAUCAACCUACGGCCAGAACCUCUCACUCAAACCCCGUCUGCGGCGAGUCAAAGGGAGAGGCUGCAACCUACGCCUUUGGUCGCCGAGGAAUUCAGGAAGGAUGCAGGGACAUAUACGCCUGUCCUGGAGAAACGGAUACAGUUAAUCGACGAGAGAAAGGGAGUCAUACCCGCAAGUUCCAUGCGGCUUCCAGUCGCCUGUCCGGAUGCGACUCACUUCAAGCUGGCCCAUAAAACUCGCGGACGGCGGUGCAGAUGCAUUGAUGCAUUGGAUAAUAUGGGAUCUGAUGGAGUCCAAUCGACUUGA